UUUCUCGUACUUAUCGCCGUGAUAAGUAAGGCAUGGAUAAGGUAGCCUCCGACCUACCUUAACGCUCACUUGUAAGCAAACAAAAUGGCGGCGAUGGACGACAACUUCGCGGAGUUUGUUAACUAUCUCGACCGCCACGAAGAAAUAUUGAGCGGGGCAGCGUUUUCAUACGCGUCACCGCCACGGCGAGUGCCCAGGGAUCGCUUGAAUCCCAUGGAAGUGUACGACGAGUACGAGUUUUUGUGCCGCUUCCGAUUCAGCAAAAGUGCCGUCCAGCAGCUGCUCGCUAUGCUGCCUCUGCGGGAUAACACCGAUGGACGUGGGCUCCCUGUGCCGCCUCUCCUGCAGCUGCUCAUCACGCUACGUUUCUAUGGAGCCGGCACAUUUCAAAUUGUGACCGGCGACCUAGUGAAUGUUUCCCAGCCGACGGUGUCGCGGGUGAUCGAGCGCGUAUCCACUAUGAUCGCCAGGAGUCUCUUUCCUGCGCUUGUGAAGUUCCCCAGCGCUUCAGAAGUGAGCGGUGGGAUGCAAGCAUUUUACCGGAUUGGGAAGUUUCCCGGUGUUAGCGGGUGCAUUGACUGCACCCAUGUGCCAAUUAAGAGCCCCGGUGGUGACCACGCCGAGGUGUACCGUAACCGGAAAGGAUAUUUUUCGAUAAAUGUCCAGCCGUGCUAGAGUACUGUACGAGACUGGGAUCGUCCCCGGCAUUCUGCUUGGGGACAUGGGCUACGCCUGCAGGCCAUACCUCAUGACUCCUCUUAAGGAUCCUGCCCAAGGCAGCCCAGAAUACAGGUACAACAAGUCGCAAGCCAGAACCAGAAACAGCGUGGAACGCGUGUUUGGUAUCUGGAAGAGGAGGUUCCCGUGCCUGCAGAUGAAACUGCAAAUUGAGACGGACACCUCACUCACAGUCAUCACAGCAUGUGCGGCACUUCACAAUUUGAGCAGAAUUUUGCGUGACCCAUGCCCUCCCAGUGUACCGCCCCACACUGCACCCAGCGUUCACCAGCCUGCACCAGCGUUGCCGAAUGGACAGCCACAGAUGGCACUUCAAAACUCUGAUGGCUUUAGAACCCGUGCGCGUAUUAUUGCAAAUUAUUUUUCAUAAACGCAUGACAUUAUAUUUCACUUUAUAUUGUUUUUGAAAAGAUAAGAAAUAUAGAUAGGUAGGUACGUUCAAAUGAUGGAGGUCAGGUGGAGAAAUUAUAAGCAGUAAUAAGGUUAUAAUGGUAAAAAACAAAACCGAGCGCUAAAGUGAAAUACAAAAAAAGGAGAGCACUACGCGAGACUCGUGCCAUGCAAUGCUUUCUUUGUUAUUUGUCUCAGUGCAGUUUUGUGUGUAACUGACUCGAAUCCAACCAGUCCAAAUAGUGGUCUUGUAUCUAUACAAUACAGCCUACGUCAGCUUUAACCUGUCAUAAAUGUAAAAGUGAAACAAUUUACCCCUCCAGACUGCAAUUAGUUGUAUUGAUUGAAAACUUACUUUCACUGCAUUUCUUAUGCAUUCAGAAUCAUAAAAAGCUUCCAGUUGCAGAAUAGAUUAAAUUUUCAGUUCUUUCGCAAGUUUUUUCAAGUUUACAGGAAGUGGAUGCCAUGCGAAAACUCACUACAGGAUCAACUAUUUCAUGUCUACCUGGCUUGAAAAGCACCUUUCCAGCCACUCGAAAAUUGUGCCCAACGCAAUACAUUGUCCGACGCAAUACAUUGUGAAAAACAGUCAAAGAAGUGUGCCUGCUACAUACAGUGACAUAAACCAAACAAGAUACCCAGCCAUCUACCUUAAUACUCAUUUUAAUAAAACAUUUUGCAUAUUCCAUCUCCUGUUUUCAAGCCAUCCCAAGCGUUGGCGCCACCGACACUUGCAUGGUCAGAGUGCGCACGUACAUGCACAGCACGAGCAACACAACAGCAGUGACUGCCCGCACUUUACCAGGCCCUUCCUCUCAUUUGGCCAACACACCGUCGAACUACACCACAACCAUUCUAAAGGCAGCUGUUAGUUGCGGAAUGACGAGAGUACUAACAUACACAGUUGGCACUUGUGCGCGGCUUAUUUCUUAGUUUUUCUUGUCAAACGCUUUUGCAGCUGUUUGCACUAAUACCACAUAACCGCUGCCAAAUUUCAGACCAUUUAUAAACCUGUUGGAUAUGCUGCUUCCCCCCCCCCCACUCAAAGUGAUGCUAUGCACUUUUGAAUGUAACAAAUGCAAGGCAAGGAGCUAAACGUAUGUAACAUUUCUGUUAUUUACAUGCUCAAUGACAUCCCAAUUGCACAACAGAAUAUUAAGCGAUACAGUUGUCAUACCCAAUUGAUUUGACGCGGUUAGACGUGAUAACCAUGUACAAAUCUCUGAAACUGGUGGUACAAAACAUCAUGCCUGUGUUUUUGAGGAGCCAAGCAUUAAAAAUAUUAUUGUUUGCACAUGUGUCUAUGGGGCACAACAGCAAUGUUAUCAGCAUGCUUUGCACAGAGUAGCAUAAACAGCACUCAUCCUUGUUUCACAAAUUUCUCAGCAUGGUAUCUUCUGUUGCAUCCAGAUUAAUGCAUACCUCAAGCUCGAUGUUACAGAAGAUUUUGCCGCUGAUUUGUUACAUUAUCGACAUCGAAAUGGAACUACCAUGCCAUGGCCCAACGCUUCUUCUCGAAUCCUCAUUCAAAAACAUACAAGAAACAAUGAGUGGAACACAUAUGAAUCUGACAAAGCGUGUAAGCGCCAGUACUUCUCAAUGCACCUUCUGCAGGCAGGUGGACGAGAGCGGAUGACAGGCUGCACGCCCUGAAAAACUUGUAAACUUUUCGACAAGCCCGUGAAGGCAAGGCAUUCCAAACUCACUCAUCGAAAAGCUCACAUGUUUUUCAAGACAUCUAGCUAGCCAUCCUCCCUUGUCCGCCCAGGUGCGGAGCGGAUGACACAUUAAGCAAGAAGACUUUUAAAUGCAUGAGGUUUCCUCGUGAUGACCAUGAGCUUCACAUGAAACUUAAUGGCUGCAAAACAACGUUGAUGUCUACAACUGACAUUUUUAACCAAUUCAUGCGCUGACGCUGCAAAUACAAUGUGAGGACCACAAGAGAGACAGACCACACAGCUACAAUGUAAAGAAACUGGCAGUACUUCAGUGGCUAUGGUGCGGGGCUGCAAACUCAAGGUCACAGGUUCGAUCCAAGCUGUGGUAGCCAAUUCAUUCUGAUGGCGCUGGAAUGUGAAAUUCCCCGUGUACUUAGAUAUAGAGGCAUGUAAAAGAACCAUCUUAAAAUUUUCGGAC